GCGUCGGUCACUGCAGAAGCCACCUAGCAAUCGUGCGGAACCAGUCUAGGAAGUUGAAUCCGAUCCGACCUCGUCCACGAAAAUAAGAAACUAGACACUGAGGCACACGCAGAGUGCUUUUUGGACAUAGCCGAUGUUGAUCCCACUAUUCGGCACCACUCUGGCUGCUUUUCUCGCAUUCCUCUUGACAUUGAUCUUUGGCCGCGGCCAGAAAAGAUUGAAGCCCGUCGUCGUCCCAUCGGCAGGCACAGGCACAGGCACUGGCACAGCCACAGCAGCAGCAGCUAGCGACAGAGACAGCGGUCCCAGCAAUCACAGCUCCAGCGUGAUUGCAGCUACAGCAACGACAACAACAACAACAAAAUCCAGUUCCUUAGAGGCAGGAGGAGCAACAUCCGCACCCACAGCACCAUCGGCGAUAAAAGCGGGAGACAAGCGGUACACCAAGGUUGGCGGCAUCAAGAAGGUCAAGUUUUCUAGCGAGAGUCUCAAGUCAGAGGUGGAGGAACUCUGCGUCCAGCUUAAGGAUAACGUAUUGACCGAUCUCAAUACCGACAACAUCCGCAUCACCUGCCAUCAGAACAAUAACAACAACCUUUGCAACAAGAACAACAAUAGCUUUGACAUAAACAUAAGCAAGAUGAGCGAAGCAAAUGAGGCGACGUCGAAUGAGACGGCAACCCAAAACGCCGAGGGCGAGCGGCCCAGCUUCCUGGUGGGUGAUGAGAUCGACGAGAAGGCUGCCGAGGCGGGCGAGGCCUGCGACGAGUUCCCCCAGAAGAUGCAGAGCGACAUUCGGCAGAAUGGCGAUAUUUCGGAGCGUCGCAAGCGAUUGAGGCCUAGCAUGUCGCGAGGCACUGGCCUGGGCCAGGAUCGCAAUCAGGACCGCGACUUUCACAUCGCCACCACCGAGGAGUUUGUGAAGCGCUUCGGGGGCACCCGGGUGAUUAACCGCGUCCUGAUUGCCAACAAUGGCAUUGCGGCGGUCAAGUGCAUGCGCUCCAUCCGACGCUGGUCCUACGAGAUGUUCAAGAACGAGCGAGCCGUGCGCUUUGUGGUGAUGGUCACGCCCGAGGAUCUGAAGGCGAAUGCCGAGUACAUCAAGAUGGCCGAUCAUUAUGUACCCGUGCCCGGCGGUUCUAACAACAACAACUAUGCCAACGUUGAGCUCAUUGUGGAUAUUGCACUCCGCACUCAAGUGCAGGCCGUCUGGGCUGGUUGGGGUCAUGCUUCCGAGAACCCCAAGCUGCCGGAACUGCUGAACAAGGAGGGUUUGGUGUUUCUUGGCCCUCCGGAGCGUGCCAUGUGGGCGCUCGGCGACAAGGUGGCCUCCUCGAUUGUGGCCCAAACGGCCGAUAUUCCCACGCUGCCCUGGUCCGGCUCGGAGCUGAAGGCCCAGUACAGCGGCAAGAAGAUCAAAAUAUCUAGUGAGCUGUUCGCUCGAGGAUGUGUGACCAAUGUGGAGCAGGGCCUGGCCGCUGUCAACAAAAUUGGCUUUCCCGUGAUGAUCAAGGCCUCCGAGGGCGGUGGCGGUAAGGGUAUUCGUCGUGUGGACACCGCCGAGGAGUUCCCCGCCCUGUUCCGACAAGUCCAGGCGGAGGUGCCCGGCUCACCCAUCUUCGUUAUGAAGCUGGCCAGGGGAGCCAGGCAUUUGGAGGUGCAGCUGUUGGCGGAUCAGUAUGGCAAUGCCAUUAGCUUGUUCGGUCGUGACUGCUCAAUCCAGCGUCGUCAUCAAAAGAUUAUCGAGGAAGCUCCAGCCAUCGUGGCACAGCCGGAGGUGUUCGAGGACAUGGAGAAGGCGGCGGUGCGUCUGGCCAAGAUGGUGGGCUACGUGAGCGCCGGCACUGUGGAGUAUCUGUACGAUCCCGAGGGUCGCUACUUCUUCCUUGAGCUGAAUCCUCGUCUGCAGGUGGAGCAUCCUUGCACAGAGAUGGUUGCUGAUGUGAAUCUGCCCGCCUGCCAGCUGCAAAUUGGCAUGGGUAUCCCCCUUUACCGGCUCAAGGACAUCCGACUCCUGUACGGAGAGUCUCCAUGGGGCUCUUCCGUCAUCGACUUUGAGAAUCCGCCGAACAAGCCACGUCCCUCCGGCCAUGUGAUCGCUGCCCGCAUCACUUCCGAGAAUCCCGACGAGGGCUUCAAGCCCAGUUCAGGUACCGUGCAGGAGCUAAACUUCCGGUCCAGCAAGAACGUCUGGGGCUACUUCAGUGUGGCAGCCAGCGGAGGAUUGCACGAGUUCGCGGACUCGCAGUUCGGGCAUUGCUUCUCCUGGGGCGAGAACCGACAGCAGGCACGCGAGAACCUGGUGAUAGCCCUAAAGGAGCUGUCCAUUCGUGGAGACUUCCGUACCACGGUUGAGUACCUGAUUACCCUGCUGGAGACGAAUCGGUUUUUGGAUAACAGCAUCGACACCGCCUGGCUGGACGCUUUGAUUGCCGAACGCGUUCAGUCCGAGAAGCCGGACAUCUUGCUGGGCGUCAUGUGCGGAUCCCUGCACAUUGCCGAUCGCCACAUAACCGAAAGCUUCUCCAGCUUCCAGACCUCACUGGAGAAGGGUCAGAUCCAGGCGGCCAACACGCUUACGAACGUGGUGGACGUGGAGCUGAUUAACGAUGGCAUUCGCUACAAGGUCCAGGCGGCCAAGAGCGGCGCCAACUCGUACUUCCUGCUGAUGAAUAGCUCGUUCAAGGAGAUCGAGGUGCACCGCCUCUCAGAUGGCGGCCUGCUUAUCUCCUUCGAAGGUGCCUCCUACACCACGUAUAUGAAGGAGGAGGUGGACCGCUACCGCAUCGUCAUCGGCAACCAGACGUGCGUGUUCGAGAAAGAGAACGAUCCAUCGCUGCUACGCAGUCCCUCUGCCGGCAAGCUUAUCAAUCUGAUUGUGGAGGAUGGCGCCCAUGUGGGCAAGGGCCAAGCCUACGCUGAGAUCGAGGUAAUGAAGAUGGUGAUGACUCUGACCUCGCAGGAGGCCGGCACGGUGACGUUUGUGCGUCGUCCAGGCGCUGUUUUGGAUGCCGGAUCCCUGCUAGGCCACUUGGAGCUUGAUGAUCCCUCUCUGGUAACCAAGGCGCAGCCCUGCAAGGGUCAAUUCCCGCAGCCGGAAAAUGCUCCAGUACCGGAAAAGCUAAACCGCGUGCACAACACCUACAAAAGCAUCCUGGAGAACACCCUGGCUGGCUAUUGCCUUCCGGAACCGUUCAAUGCCCAGCGUCUGAGGGACAUUAUCGAGCGGUUUAUGCAGAGCCUGCGGGAUCCUUCGCUACCGCUGCUGGAGCUGCAGGAAGUUAUCGCCUCCAUUUCGGGACGCAUUCCCAUCUCCGUGGAGAAGAAGAUCCGGAAGCUGAUGACCCUGUACGAGCGAAACAUAACCAGUGUGCUGGCCCAGUUCCCCUCGCAACAGAUUGCCAGCGUGAUCGACAGCCAUGCCGCCACGCUGCAGAAGCGUUCAGACCGGGAUGUUUUCUUCCUGACCACCCAGAGCAUUGUGCAGUUGGUGCAGCGUUACCGCAACGGAAUCCGCGGUCGGAUGAAGGCCGCCGUGCACGAGCUGCUGCGUCAGUACUACGACGUGGAGUCGCAGUUCCAACACGGACACUACGACAAGUGCGUGGGGUUGGUGCGGGAGCACAACAAGGAUGACAUGCAGACGGUGGUCAACACGAUAUUCUCGCACUCGCAGGUAGCCAAGAAAAACUUGCUGGUAACGCUGCUCAUCGACCACCUGUGGGCCAACGAACCCGGUUUGACGGACGAGCUGGCCAACACGCUGAGCGAGCUGACCUCCCUGAACCGAGCCGAGCACUCCAGAGUGGCACUGCGAUCCCGCCAGGUACUGAUCGCUGCUCACCAACCGGCAUACGAGCUGCGGCACAACCAGAUGGAGUCAAUCUUCUUGUCGGCGGUGGACAUGUACGGCCACGACUUCCAUCCGGAGAACCUGCAGCGCCUGAUUCUGUCGGAGACCUCGAUCUUCGACAUCCUGCACGACUUCUUCUACCACUCCAACCGGGCUGUGUGCAAUGCUGCCCUAGAGGUCUAUGUGAGGAGAGCCUACACCUCGUAUGAGCUGACCUGCCUCCAGCACUUGGAGCUGUCCGGUGGCCUGCCGCUGGUGCACUUCCAGUUCUUGCUGCCCACCGCUCAUCCCAACAGGUUGUUCUCGCGGAUGUCGUCGCCGGAUGGCUUGGAUCAUGCGGCCGCCGAGACUCUGGGUAGCUCGUUUGUGCGCACCGGCGCGAUAGCAGCAUUUGACUCAUUCGAGCACUUUGAGAUGUACUCAGACGAAAUCCUGGAUCUGCUCGAGGACUUUGUGUCGCCGGCCAUGGUUAAUGCCAAGGUGCUGGAGGCCGUAGAGGCGGCUGACUCAAUCUCGGACAGCCGGCACAGCACAUCGAUCAAUGUAUCGCUUUCGGAUCCCGUUACACGAGCCAAUGCGGCCGAGGAGGCCAAGUCUACGGAACCCAUUCACAUUGUGAGCGUGGCCGUGAGGGAAACGGGCGAGAUGGACGAUCUGCAGAUGGCGCAGAUCUUCGGCAACUACUGUCAGGAGCACAACGAGGAGCUCUUCCAGCGCCGCAUUCGUAGGAUAACGUUCGCAGCCCUGAAGAAGCGGCAAUUCCCCAAGUUCUUCACAUAUCGUGCUCGGGACAAAUUCACGGAGGACCGUAUUUACCGGCAUUUGGAGCCUGCAUCAGCCUUCCAUCUGGAAUUGAACCGCAUGAAGACGUACGAUCUGGAGGCCCUUCCCACGGCCAACCAAAAGAUGCACCUUUACCUCGGCAAGGCCAAGGUGUCGAAGGGCCAAGAGGUCACGGACUAUCGCUUCUUCAUCCGCUCGAUCAUACGCCACUCGGACCUGAUCACUAAGGAAGCCUCGUUCGAAUAUCUGCAGAACGAGGGUGAGCGUGUGCUGCUGGAGGCCAUGGACGAGCUGGAGGUAGCCUUCUCGCAUCCGCAUGCGAAGCGCACCGACUGCAACCAUAUUUUCCUGAACUUUGUACCCACCGUCAUCAUGGACCCUGCCAAGAUCGAGGAGUCCGUGACCAAGAUGAUCAUGCGUUACGGUCCGCGUCUGUGGAAGCUGCGCGUGCUACAGGCUGAGCUGAAGAUGGUUAUUCGUCAGUCCCCGCAGUCUCCCACACAGGCGGUACGUCUGUGCAUAGCCAACGAUUCGGGCUACUUCCUGGACAUCUCCAUGUACACGGAGCAGACGGAACCGGAGACUGGCAUUAUCAAGUUCAAGGCGUACGGAGAGAAGCAAGGCUCCCUGCAUGGCCACCCCAUUUCGACGCCCUACAUGACCAAAGACUUCCUGCAGCAGAAGCGUUUCCAGGCGCAGUCAAACGGCACCACUUAUGUGUACGAUGUACCCGACAUGUUCCGUCAGAUGACCGAGCGCCACUGGAAGGAAUUCUCCAAGGCACGUCCCACAGUGGAUAUUCGCAUUCCGGACAAGAUCCUGAUCGAGUGCAAGGAAUUGGUUCUCGAGGGCGACAGUUUGGUGGAGAUGCAGCGCCUCCCGGGAGAAAACAAUUGCGGCAUGGUGGCUUGGCGCAUUGUCCUAGCCACGCCCGAGUAUCCGAAUGGGCGUGAGAUCAUUGUGAUAGCCAAUGACCUAACCUACCUGAUUGGUUCCUUUGGCAUCAAGGAGGACGUACUUUUCGCUAAGGCCUCGCAGCUGGCUCGCGAACGUAAAGUUCCUAGGAUUUACAUCUCCGUAAACAGUGGAGCUCGCAUUGGUCUCGCGGAGGAGGUGAAGGCUAUGUUUAAGAUUGCAUGGGAGGAUCCCGAGGAGCCAGAUAAGGGUUUCAAGUACCUCUACCUGACCACCGAGGAUUACGCUCAGGUCGCCAACCUGAACUCUGUGCGUGCCAUUCUGAUCGAGGACGAGGGAGAGCAGCGCUACAAGAUCACCGAUAUCAUUGGCAAGGAUGACGGUCUCGGCGUAGAGAACUUGCGGUAUGCUGGUCUGAUUGCCGGCGAGACGUCGCAGGCUUACGAGGAGAUCGUAACCAUCGCUAUGGUGACUUGCCGCACCAUCGGUAUUGGAUCGUAUGUGGUGCGUCUGGGUCAGCGUGUCAUCCAGAUCGACAACUCACACAUUAUACUCACGGGUUAUGCCGCGCUUAACAAGCUACUUGGACGAAAAGUGUACGCUUCGAACAACCAAUUGGGCGGCACCCAGAUCAUGUUCAACAACGGUGUCACCCACAAGACGGAGGCCAUCGAUCUGGACGGUGUAUACACCAUCCUUGACUGGCUCUCAUAUAUCCCCGCCUAUAUUGGCUGCGACCUGCCCAUCAUUCUGCCCAACGAUCGUAUCGAUCGACCCGUGGACUUCAUGCCCACCAAGUCGCCAUAUGAUCCACGGUGGAUGCUUGGUGGCCGCGUCAAUCCCUCGAAUGCCAACGAUUGGGAGAAUGGAUUUUUUGAUCGGGAUUCGUGGAGCGAAAUCAUGGCACCGUGGGCCAAGACAGUGGUCACCGGACGCGCCCGUCUCGGCGGAGUGCCCGUUGGCGUAAUCGCUGUAGAGACGCGCACGGUGGAGGUCGAGAUGCCCGCCGAUCCUGCCAAUCUUGACUCGGAGGCCAAGACCCUGCAGCAGGCGGGUCAGGUGUGGUAUCCGGAUUCCUCAUACAAAACUGCUCAGGCCAUUAAGGACUUUGGCCGGGAGGAGCUGCCGCUGAUCGUCUUUGCCAACUGGCGAGGCUUCUCAGGCGGCAUGAAGGACAUGUACGAGCAGAUCGUCAAGUUCGGUGCGUACAUCGUCGACGGCCUGCGGGAGUACAAGAAGCCUGUGCUGAUCUAUCUGCCGCCCAACGCGGAGCUGCGAGGUGGUGCCUGGGCUGUGCUCGAUUCGUUGAUUAACCCGCGCUACAUGGAGACCUAUGCCGAUCCGGAGGCUCGAGGCGGAGUACUCGAACCGGAGGGCAUUGUGGAGAUUAAGUACAAAGAAAAGGAUCUGGUUAAGACGAUACAUCGCUUGGAUGCCACCACCAUUGCGCUUAAGAAGGAGUUCGAUGAGGCAGUGGCUUCUGGCGACAAGGUGAAGUCUGCCCAGGUGGACGAGAAGAUUAAGGCGCGCAUGGCAAUGUUGAUGCACGUCUACCACACGGUGGCAGUUCACUUUGCCGACCUGCACGAUACUCCCGAACGAAUGCUGGAGAAGGAGUGCAUCAGCGAAAUUGUGCCCUGGCGUGAUUCUCGCCGCUGGCUCUACUGGCGCCUACGACGCCUGCUGCUGGAGGACGCAUACAUCAAGAAAAUUCUGCGUGCUCAGGACAAUCUGUCCGUUGGCCAGGCCAAGCAGAUGCUGCGACGCUGGCUGGUGGAGGAGAAGGGAGCCACAGAGGCGUAUGUAUGGGACAAGAACGAGGAAAUGGUGGCUUGGUAUGAGGAGCAGAGCAAUGCCGAGUCCAUUGUUUCCCGCAACGUGAAUUCUGUGAGGCGAGAUGCCAUUAUUUCCACCAUUUCGAAAAUGCUCGAGGACUGCCCCGACGUAGCGCUGGACGCUGUGGUGGGUCUCUGCCAAGGCCUGACGCCCGUGAACCGGGGCGUGGUUGUACGCACACUGGCGCAGAUGCAGCUGAACGAGGAGACCUCCUCCUCCAGUAAUAACCAAGGAUGAUUCUACGCUAGGUUUUAAGUUCAUUUUUCCCCGUUAAGUUAAUCCCAUUUCCCCCUUUUCUCAAACCCCCUUGCAUGAUGUGCAUUUUGUUUAGUUGAAUUUGUUUAGCCUAAAUCUAGUUAUAUAUGAUGAUUGGAGUUAGGAUUGUAGGAAUGGGUGUAGAUUUUUGGCCCCGGAUAAACUGUGUAGUCUUAUCGUGUACAUAUAUUCGAGUAUGUAUCCCUUGAAUGCUAAAGUCAUUCCAUUAGUUAUCUAAGAACAAACGUCCUUUGUACACACAGAGCUUUUUGAAUUAUACGAGUUACUGAAUAUAUACAAUAAUUUUUUCCAAAAAACCA